AUGUGGUUCGCCCGUGUGCUCUCGUCGACCUUCUUCCUCGGCGCCAUCAUCUUCACCAUCCCCCUGGCCUUUGACAUCGGCGGCCGAACUUGCGGCCUGGCUUUCUCGCUGUCGCUCAGCGUGUACUACUUCCUCUACUCGUGCCUGCGACUAGCCACCCCGGACCGCUCCCGCUUCAGAUGGUUCCUGGGUAAUGUCGUGGCUUGGGCGCAGUGGCUGGCCAUACCCGCGCUGCUGAUCUGGAGCUUGAACAAGUUCUCCAUCGACGCCACAAACAACGCCGGCUGGGUCGAGGGGACGUUUGGCGGCAGGAGGGCAGACUACAAGUCGGUGCAAGAUUGGAUCUUUGGCUCCGAGGGCCUGUUGCACAACUUCUCCAUCGGCGCAUGGGACAAGACGCUGCGGUACAGCACGCCAGCCUUCCAAAUCGCCGAGGGCUUCUGCAGCUUGUUGGUCAUCCAAGCUGCCGGUCAAAUCACAAGAUGGGUCGUGAAUCGCGAGCGCGGCGACAAUUGGAUGAUUGGGCUCCUCGUUGCGUCUGCCUCGGUCAUAUCCACCUCUGUAUACUUCCUUUGGCGCAUCACAACCUUUCCUGAGAUCAGCAACGUCGAUGCUAUCCUCAUCGGCGCUGCCAUUACGACAGCUAUUUUCCUGGCUGGCUGGGGCAUCGCAAGCGCACGCGGCAACCCAGUCGAGUCUGCGCUGCUGUUCGCAUACGUCACCCUGUGCAUCUACCAAAUCUUCACCGACUACCAGCCCACGCCCGGCUCGACAGCCGCAGAAAGCGCUGCACCGGAGCCAGCUCUGCCUCCCCUGCCCCCCAUCAUCAUGGCAUCCUACACCACUCUCCUCCACGCAUUGGGCUCGCUACCGGCUAUCAUCCACACCGGAUUCAACCUCAUGGUCGGCGCAGUCAUGACCAUCACACCCUCUGUCAUCAUAUCUCUCGCAUACCGUGUGUUCGUCAUGUACGCAGCAGCGCGUAUCAUUCCAGCCAUACGCGAGAGCGGGGCGAGGGCACUGUCGCAGGAACCCAGCCUGGAUGAUGACGACGAGACAUCAAAGAUCCUCGGCUUUCUGACUUGGUUCAGCCCCAGCAUCAUCAUCGCGGUCUAUACUAGCUUGUUGAUGCAGCACUUCGCCAGCGGUAAUGGAACGGAUGGCAGCGCGGUCACUGGCGAGUGGUGGACAAACCAGGGCGGAGACGCAGGCGGCAACAUGUGGAGGUGGAUCAACCUAGCCAUCACAAUGGGUCUGUAUGCGAUUGAACUUCAGAUAUCCAAGGCGGACGACGACGGCAGGCUCACCAGCCACUGGAAGACCGAUUGA